UAAUGUCAAUUGAGUACUAGUUUUUGAUGACUUUUUUUGGUAUAAAAACUAAGUGUGUCGAGGUUACUGUCACCAUUCAAGUUUUGGGUAUUCAAGGAACAACAGUACCAACAAUAAAAAAAACAAAAUGUUUACCUACAUUUGUGCCGUCCUCAUCGUUGCCUGCAACAUUCAGGUAAUCCUGUCGGAAAACGUACAGAAUGUUCGGAGUCCCAUUUGCCAACAGAAAAAUGGGUACUACAAAGUGGACGCUAGCUGUGACGCCUACGUAGAGUGCCUGAAUUACCAAGCCAUUGACAUGGUCUGCCCUGAUGGUCUUCAUUACGACCCUGCAGCCCAAUGGCCUGGCUACCCCUGCGGAUACCCCAUGGAUGUGCCUUGUGUAGGCCGUGGUGCCUCCCAAGCAGCUCAGCCAACAGCUGAAUGCCCUCACCAGUACGGCUACUUCCCAUCUCCCCUCGCCAAAGGAAACUGUGGCCAGUAUCGCAUGUGUGUCGGUGGUAAGGCUAUGGAAAUGGUCUGCCCCGCUGGUCUUGCCUUCAACCCUGAAUCCGCACGGUGCGACUGGCCUGACCAGGUCCCCUCAUGCAAAAUUGAUGAGUUCCUUGGAUUCUCCUGCCCUGCUCCCCCAGUUGAUGCUGAUGGUGAACCCUUGGACAUCGUCCUAAACUACAAAUACAACAAUGACAACUGCUACUACUUCUUCUCUUGUGAGAAGGGACGUGCUCGGCUGCUCUCCUGCGAUGCAGGCCUUGCCUUCGAUCCCGCUUCGGGCAAGUGCAUCGAAGCUGAAUACGUCAACUGUGGACCCAGCCAUUAAUAACAUAACAACUUUAAUAAAUUAAUAGUCGAAAUGAAAUAAUAAAUAUUUAUAUAUGAAA